UGAGUUCACCUUCUCACUUGUCCGGACACGUGAGCAUCGGAGGAGAAGGUUAUUUCUCGCCAAGUAUAAUUUCUAAAUGAUCUAUAGGGUUUGAAUGAGGAUGCUUCUGCUUGUUUGGUCCGGGCUCGCAUCCCAUGGUGCAAAGUGAAACGGGAGUCCUAGCCUGCCGAACGAAGCUGUCGACAGAAAGCCUACACCACCAGCAGUUCUUGUAUCCAUCAUCAGCCAAAACAUUCAGAAGUGCUGCUUCCAGAUGUCUCUACUAGAAGAUAUAUUUGAUCUGUUGCAAAAUGUCCUUGAGUAUUUCGGAGUCUCUCCUGACAUGCUGGUUCCAGUGUGGGAGAGCCAGUUGUGUGGUCAGUACCGGAGCCUGGUGCGGAUGAUCGGGACCAACCUCCCAUUGACCCCGUCUCCACGUAUCCACUUCCAGAUUCCUCUACACACCUCCCGACAGCACAGGUACCUGGACGUCACCAUGGAUACCCGCCCCGCUAUCCCCUCCUUGGCUGACGUGCUGUGGGUGGCGGAGGAUGAGGGAGACAGCUUCACCAAGAUCAGGCACCGUGAGCGUCCGUGUCGGCAGGGUGCUGCGAGUCGGGGAGAUGAGGUGGUGCUGACUCCUCCUCCAGGGGUCCCGGGGUUGGCAGCGCUCCGAGCCCAGCCAAGAGACAUGAUGCUGGGGCACAGAUCGGACCCAGUGGCCCUCCGGAAGAUCACAGCCCUGGAGGAGGAGCUGCUCAAACUACGAGCACAGAUUGCCAUGAUUGUCACCGCGCCACCCUCAGGUCCAGCCCAUUCACAGAUUCUUCCGGGUACCCCUGGAAUGUCCCCUGCCUCUGUCCUCACCUCUACUCCUCGCUGCCCUCCUCCUCCCUGCCCUCCUCCUCCCUGCCCUCCUCCUCCCUGCCCUCCUCCUCCGUGCCCUCCUCCUCCACCUCCUCCUCCCAGCUCCUCUGUAGGGCUGUCUGCGGUGGAGAAUCUAAUCCAGCAGGGCAGGGAGGCCGGUCAGGGUCAUGCCCAGGGGAAGAGCCAUGAGGCUGGGCAGGUUGGACUACUACAGUCCCAGGAUAAGGCGGUAGGACAAGGCCCGGUCCCCACCAUGCUGGAUGUACUGAAUGACCUGAAGCAGGUCAAACUACGCUCCGUGCAGAGGUCGCCCGGGGGAACGCCGGUGCAGAGGAGGCGGAGCAAGGGCACGGCGUUGCUAAGCGACCCGGCUUCCAUGAUUGCCGAGGCCCUGAGGAGGAAGUUCGUCCACCAUCGCCUCAAUGACUCGUACGACAAAGAGAACCGCUCGGCCGAGCUCUCGCCGUUCGGCAGCCCCGAUACAUCGCCCUGUAUCCCCCAGCAUUCCAAGCGCAGCCAGGGACGACUCCACCUGUGACCUCUGACCUCCCGAGGUCAAGUAAACCAGCGGCCUAUCACUUCGCCACCUGAAACACCGAUGCCUCCCGCCGACUACUAUGGCAACUGCUGACUGAGGGUGCGUCCCAAUAAUACCUCCUUUCUCUUGAAGUGUACACUUGUUCACUACUUCAGAUUAGGGAAGUGAACAAGUGUACACUUUGGAAGGAAGGACAGAUAAUUGGGAUAUAGCCUAGGUCUGUUUGUUUUGUUGUCUUUUAAAAAAUAUAUGUUUUUGAAGAGCUUCUCUUGUCCAUCUUUCAACAUGUGCUAUGAUGCGUCCAUCAGGUAUUGUUUAUAUAAGGGACGAUCGAUAUUGAGAGUAAUUUAAUUUCAUGCAGUCAUUUCAAUUGUAUAUAUUUUUGCUGUAAAUACACUAUAUAACCAAAAGUAUGCGGACACCUUAUUGAACAUCUCAUUACUAAAUCAUGGGCAUUAAUAUGGAGUUGGUUCCCCCCCUUUGCUGCUAUAACAGCCUCCCCUCUUCUGGGAAGGCUUUCCACCUAGAUGUUGGAACAUUGCUGCUAUAACAGCCUCCACUCUUCUGGGAAGGCUUUCCACUAGAUGUUGGAACAUUGCUGCUACAACAGCCUCCACUCUUCUGGGAAGGCUUCCCACUAGAUGUUGGAACAUUGCUGCUAUAACAGCCUCCACUCUUCUGGGAAGGCUUUCCACUAGAUGUUGGAACAUUGCUGCUAUAACAGCCUCCACUCUUCUGGGAAGGCUUUCCACUAGAUGUUGGAACAUUGCUGCUAUAACAGCCUCCACUCUUCUGGGAAGGCUUUCCACUAGAUGUUGGAACAUUGCUGCUAUAACAGCCUCCACUCUUCUGGGAAGGCUUUCCACUAGAUGAUAGAACAUUGCUGCUAUAACAGCCUCCACUCUUCUGGGAAGGCUUUCCACUAGAUGUUGGAACAUUGCUGCGGGGACUUGCUUCCAUUCAGCCACAAGAGCAUUAGUGAGGUCGGGCACUGAUGUUGGGUGAUUAGGCCUGGCUCGCAGUCGGCGUUCCAAUUCAGCCCAAAGGUGUUCGAUGGGGUUGAGGUCAGGACUUUGUGCAGGCCAGUCAAGUUCUUCCACACAAACCAUUUCUGUAUGGACCUCGUUUUGUGCACGGGGGCAUUGUCAUGCUGAAACCUUCCCCAAACUGUUGCCACAAAGUUGGAAGCACAGAAUCGUCUAGAAUGUCAUUGUGUGCUGUAGCGUUAAGAUUUCCCUCCACUGGAACUAAGGGGCCCGAACCAUGAAAAACAGCCCCAGACCAUUAUUCUUCCUCCACCAAACUUUACAGUUGGCACUAUGCAUUGGGGCAGGUAGCGUUCUCCUGGCAUCCGCCAAACCCAGAUUCGUCCGUCAGACUGCCAGAUGGUGAAGUGUGAUUCAUCACUCCAGAGAACGUGCUUCCACUGCUCCAGAGUCCAAUGGCAGAGAGCUUUACACCACUCCAGCCGACGCUUGGCAUUUUGGUGAUCUUAGGCUUGUGUGCGGCUGCUCAGCCACGGAAACACGUUUCAUGAAGCUCCCGGUGGUCCGUUGUCAUGCUGACGUUGCUUCCAGGGGCAGUUUGGGACUCAGUAGUGAGUGUUGCAACCCGAGGACAGACGAUUUUUACGAGCUACUCGCUUCAGCACUCGGUGGUCCCGUUCCGUGAGCUUGUGUGGCCUACCACUUCGGCUGAGCCGUUGUUGCUCCUAGACGUUUCCACUUCACUUUAACAGCUCUAGUAGGGAAGAAAUUUGACGAACUGAUUUGUUGGAAAUGUGGAAUCAUAUGACAGUGCCACGUUGAAAGUCCCUGAGCUCUUCAGUACGGGGCAUUCUACUGCCGAUGUUUGUCUAUGGAGAUUGCAUUUUUUAUUUAACUAGGCAAGUCAGUUAAGAAUAAAAAAUCUUAUUUUCAAUGACAGCCUAGGAACAGUGGGUUAAACUGUCUUGUUCAGGGGCAGAAAGAUAGAUUUUUACCUUGUCAGUUCGGGGAUUCGAUCUAGCAACCCUUCGGUUACUAGUGCACUAACUACUAAGCUACGCUGCCGCCCAUGUUAGACCCACACCUGCCGCCCCAGCAUGGCUGUGUGCUCUAUUUUAUACACCUGUCAGCAACGGGUGAGGCUGAAUUCAAUCAUUUGAAGGGGUGUCCACAUACUUUUGUGUAGCUAUACCAAUGUUUUUCUACUGAGUUAGUUUUAAUGUCUUGGUACAGUUGAAUGAUUCCAUGUUUCUAUUGGCUAGGAUUUCAUCGGUCGUAAUUCAUUCGUGCACACUGUAGCAAAACAUUUUGCCACGGAUAACAAAAACGAGCGUAUCUUAUUGGACAACUUCCGCUUCUACCUACCUCCCUUGUACAAUUUAAAGGAAAUUAUGUAUUAUUAUAAUAUGGACAGACAGCUCUCUACUCUUAUCAAAUAGUCUGUCUUUGUUUUUUUUCGUGUUCUUAUUUGCUGCUCUGUUGACAUGACCUUUGACCUGACCAAUACAAAUGCCUAAACCCUU